GACGCCCACACGGCGGGGGAGGCGGCCGGGGCGAGCCGGGCGCCGCCAGGAUGAGAUAAGGGGGCUCCCCCGAUUCUUUUACCCCCUCCCCUUCCCCCCAUCCCCAGCGCCGGGGGCUGGAGGCGCCGCCCGUUCCCCCGGCGAGGGAAUGAAACUUUAAUAAGAAGUCUAUGUUAAAGCCUGGCUAACAGCAAGAGAGACAAAGUGUAGAAGCAAUGCCCUGAUGGAAAGUUAUAACAUCUUGUAAUGGAAGAUGGAAGACAAGGGGGCCCGUGUUGCUGACUACUUUGUUGUCGCAGGAUUAACUGAUAUUUCAAAACCACUGGAGGAAGAAAUCCACUUCAAUGAUGCUUGCCAUAAAAUCGCUAAACCAAAAGAACCUGUUACAGAUGUAACAGUAAUUAAUAAAUCUCUGGGGGAGGAAGUUCCUCAGGGAUAUAAAUGCAUAGAUGUUACUCCCUCAGGACUGUCUGCAGAUCUCAAUAACGGUAGUCUUGUAGGACCUCAAAUAUACCUUUGUUAUCGCCGAGGAAGGAAUAAGCCUCCACUUACUGAUUUGGGGGUUUUAUAUGAUGGGAAAGAAAGAGUAAAGCAAGGCUGUGAAAUAAUUCAAACUACUCCAUAUGGUCGGCCUGCCAAUAUUAGUGGCAAUGCCUCAUCACAGAGGGUGUACAUCACUUACCGAAGAGCAUCAGAAAACAUGACACAAAACACUCUGGCUGUUACGGAUAUAUGUAUAAUUAUACCAAGUAAAGGAGAAACCCCUCCACAUACGUUCUGCAAGGUUGACAAGAAUCUUAACAACAGUAUGUGGGGUUCAGCAGUAUAUUUAUGUUAUAAAAAAUCUGUGGCAAAAACCAACACCAUAUCAUAUAAAGCUGGUUUAAUAUGCAGAUAUCCUGAAGAAGAUUAUGAAUCAUUCCCAUUACCAGAAUCUGUGCCUCUUUUUUGUCUGCCUAUGGGUGCAACAAUUGAAUGUUGGCCGUCUAACAGUAAAUACCCUCUCCCAGUUUUUUCUACCUUUGUAUUAACUGGAGCUUCUGCAGAAAAGGUAUAUGGUGCUGCUAUCCAGUUUUAUGAACUCUAUCCUGAAGAGAAUCUCACAGAGAAACAAAAGUCUCAGCUGGGAUUAGCAGCUGCUGUUGAGGGCAAGUCAGAUGCAUGCAGAACAGUUCAAACGAAUAAAUGCAUCUGUCUGCUCUCUCACUGGCCUUUCUUUGAUGCUUUCAAGAAGUUUCUUACCUUUCUGUAUCGCUACUCCAUUUCUGGUCCACACGUUCUGCCCAUUGAAAAGCACAUUUCCCAUUUCAUGCAUAAAGUUCCUUUUCCAUCCCCUCAGAGGCCAAGAAUUCUAGUUCAGCUAUCUCCACAUGAUAACCUGAUUCUUAGCCAACCUGUGUCAUCACCCCUUCCACUGAGCGGCGGCAAGUUUUCUACACUACUUCAGAAUCUAGGACCUGAAAAUGCAGUAACCCUACUUGUAUUUGCUGUGACGGAACAUAAAAUUCUCAUCCAUUCAUUGCGACCUUCUGUUCUUACCAGUGUGACGGAGGCAUUAGUCUCUAUGAUCUUUCCCUUCCACUGGCCUUGCCCGUAUAUUCCUCUCUGUCCCUUGGCGCUGGCAGAUGUUCUAAGUGCACCAUGCCCAUUCAUAGUGGGAAUUGAUUCAAGAUACUUUGAUCUCUAUGACCCUCCACCAGAUGUUAGCUGUGUUGACCUAGAUACCAAUACAAUUUCUCAAACUGGAGAUAAGAAAGCUAUUGCAUGGAAGAUCUUACCAAAGAAACCUUGUAAAAAUCUGAUGAACACUUUAAAUAAUUUAUAUCAGCAACUGGCAGAAUUGCAACAGAGACCAAGAGAAGAUGCGUUAAUGGAAUUAGCGAUGAAUGACUACGAUUUUAAUUCUGGGAAGAAAUUGCAUCUGUUAGAUUUGGAGAUCCAAGAAGCAUUCCUGUGUUUCAUGGCCUCAAUACUAAAAGGUUACAGGUCUUACCUCAGACCAAUAACAGAGGCACCCUCUGAAACAGCCACAGAUGCUAGUUCUCUCUUUGAACUACAAGGUUUCCUCAAAAGUCGAGAUCGUUCCCAUCAGAAGUUCUACACACUGAUGACCAAAACUCAGAUGUUCAUUCGCUUCAUCGAAGAGUGUUCUUUUGUCAGUGAUAAGGACGCAAGCCUUGCAUUUUUUGAUGACUGCGUAGAUAAAGUAGAUAUGGACAAAACUGGAGAAACACGACUUAUAGAGCUGGAUGAGUCAUACAAGAGUGAGCACACAGUUUUCAUAACACCACCUGAGAUCCCUCAUCUGCCAAAUGGUGAAGAGCACCCUCUGCAAUACAGCUACAAUGGAUUUCCAGUGUUAAAAUUAGAUUUGUUUGAGCGACCUGAAGGACUUCUCACAGCACCAAAUAACAAACUGUCCUCAAAAGCCAGUAGUCCGAACAGCCCAUCGCCCAUGUUCAGAAGAACUAAACAGGAAAUUAAAUCUGCACAUAAAAUUGCUAAGAAGUACUCAUCCAUACCACAGAUGUGGUCCAGGUGUUUGUUACGUCACUGCUAUGGUCUUUGGUUUAUCUGCCUUCCUGCAUAUGUGAAAGUCUGCCAUUCAAAAGUCCGGGCUCUGAGAACUGCAUAUGAUGUGCUGCAAAAAAUGCAUACCAAAAAAAUAGAUCCUCCUGAUGAGGUGUGCUACCGAGUACUCAUGCAACUGUGUGGACAGUACGGUCAGCCUGUGCUAGCAGUGAGAGUGCUUUUUGAAAUGCAGAAAGCUGGUAUUGACCCUAAUGCGAUUACUUACGGCUACUAUAAUAAGGCGGUUUUGGAAAGUACGUGGCCUUCAAGCAAUAGAGGCGGAUAUUUCCUCUGGAUGAAAAUACGAAACGUUGUUUUAGGAAUAGCACAGUUCAAGAAAGCAUUGAAAAAGCUACCAGCAAGCACCUCACAUACAGCCAUUCCUGGGGGACUUUCAGACUUUGGCAAUAAUACAUCAUUCAAAGAAGAAACCAGGCAAGGGAAAACUUGUCUUCAAGAUAUACAAGAACAAAAAGAGGACAAGAGAGAAAGUGACUCCAGUUCUCUAUCCGAAGUGGAGAGCACAAAAGAGAGUGGUGACUGCCUGCCUAAACUAAAUUAUCAGAACUCAAGUAAUGCCAAAGCUGCUUCUAGCAUAGUGCGACUCAACGGUACGGUUGACAACACCAUAGCAGAAGAUAGUGCAGAGACUUCUGUUGGAUUGCUGUUUACAUCAUCUUUUGAGGAUGUCAGUGAAGCAGAAGUUAUAAAAAGUAAAUCCUUAAGAAAGAGACAUAAAAGUGCAGUAGAACCUGACUUAAGGGAGAUACCAUGGGAAAGCAGGAACCGUAACCUGAGCGGAGAUGGCUUGGUGGGACUCAUGAUAAAUAGAAUAAAUCAGGACCCAAACCCUGGAGAAAUUGUUGAAAAGCUAGGAGCUGAUGCCAAAAUCCUGUCUAGUGCAUUACAGAAAAAUAUAAGGCCAAAGACUCUUAAUAUCAGAACUUCUUCUUUAGGAUCUAAGAGAGAAAGCCUGGAGAAAGAAUCUAGUGAUGAAGAUGCAGCUUUUGAUUGCAGUUUUACAGAUAAAACAGAGUCUCCUGUUAUCUUUGAUCUGGAAGACUUGGAUGCAGAACCUGAAACACCUACAGCGGUGAAAUCCUCCGUUGAGAAAUCUAGAAGGCUGCAAAGAAAGAGCAGCUUCCCAGUAAAGCCAGUUGAAAAGACAGAUGUUGAAACUGGAUUUGAUCCACUGUCCCUGCUAGUUGCUGAGACAGAACAGCAGAAAGAGGAGGAGGAGGAGGAGGAUGAUAGAAGUGUUUCUACUCCAUCUGCAAGACGAGACUUAGCUGAAGAAAUAGUCAUGUACAUGAACAAUAUGAGCAGCCCUUUGUCAAGUCGUGCCCCAAGCAUUGAGUUGCAAAAACCCAAUGAUGACAGAAAUGCUCAUAAAAAGAGCCCAACAGUAAUCCAGCCUUGUAGGAGGUCCAGCCUUCCCCCGAACUCCCCAAGGCCAUCCGGUCUUACCAAAUCCAAGAGUUACCAUGCAAAAAGUGAAGAAAAGCCAAGAGACAGGCUCUGGUCCUCCCCUGCUUAUUCCCCAAACAGCCCAGCCAAGGAACAGCCACAGGAUGGAAGCAGUGCAUUAACACUUGUGUCUUCACCGUCAUUCAACUUGGAUACGCUGUUGACACCAAAGUUUGAUGUCCUAAAAAGCAGCAUGUUUUCUGCUGGAAAAGGGGUUGCAGAGAAGGCUAGCAAGUGGUAUUCAAAAUUUACAAUGUAUGCUGCGUCCUCAAAGGAUCAAAAUUCAGACCGAGCAAGUGUUUCAUCUCUUGGAGCUCUGGACUCAGAAUCUACUUCUCUAACUGAUGAAGAUGUCUGCAAUGAUUUUGAAAGUGCUUCUCCUCACGAGAACACCGCAUCAGAAAUUAAGAGAAUUGGCCUCAGCAGGACAAGCCUAGAAAGCUCGGCUUCCCACGAUGGCUCAUCAAAACAAUUUGACCAGUGUGCAGGUUCUCUUUCAAAGUUCCCUCUACCUGACAAAUCAGAGUUAAUCUCUUCUUGCAGUACAAGUAGUACCAGUGUGUUUCAGAACUACGCUAUGGAGGUCCUCAUCUCAAGCUGUUCACGAUGUCGAACUUGUGACUGUUUGGUUCAUGAUGAAGAAAUCAUGGCAGGUUGGACAGCAGAUGAUUCAAAUCUCAAUACCACAUGUCCAUUCUGUGGAAAUCUAUUUCUGCCUUUUUUAAGCAUAGAAAUCAGAGAUCUUCGGCGACCUGGACGUUAUUUCCUGAAGUCCAGCCCUUCUACAGAAAACAUGCAGUUGCCAUCACUUUUUUCCAGUCGGAGCGGGAAGUCCUGUAACACCACAGCUACUGUUGGCCUCGCUACAUCUCUGAUGUCUGUUCAAGAGGAUAUAAAUUCCAACAGCAAAUCUAAGCAGCAUGACAAUAUUUGUGCCAGAAGUAUCCAGAUCCCCUCGGGAAGAAGGCAGAAUACCUCUGGGUCAGAGUGUACAAGUCACCCUGUAGCAAGGAGUAUCAGUACUUUUGGUCCGUUGGAAGAAGAUGAGAAGGAAAACCAGAAGAUCAACCAUAUCAUUCCUACUGGUAGCCUGCCUGCUACUUUGCAAGGACCAACAGAUUCCUUGGGCCUGGAAUGGCGCUUACCUAGUCCUGAUCCUAUCACAGUUCCUUAUCUCAGUCCUCUAGUGGUAUGGAAAGAGCUUGAGAGCUUACUUGAAAAUGAGGGGGAUCAUGCGAUAACAGUGGCAGACUUUGUAGAUCAUCAUCCCAUUGUGUUCUGGAAUUUGGUGUGGUAUUUCAGACGCUUGGACUUGCCCAGCAACUUACCAGGAUUGAUACUUACUUCUGAGCACUGUAAUAAAAACUCCAAGAUUCCACGGAACUGUAUGUCAGAGGACAGUAAAUAUGUUCUGAUUCAGAUGCUAUGGGACAAUAUGAAAUUGCAUCAGGAUCCAAGGCAGCCUCUGUAUAUUUUGUGGAAUGCUCAGAGUCAAAAUCGCACUCUUUUGUUUGAGACCCAGAAGUACCCAAUGGUCCAUUUACUGCAAAAAGAUGAUGACUCUUUUAAUCAGGAGCUCUUGAGAAGUAUGGUGAAAAGCAUUAAGAUGAAUGAUGUAUACGGACCGAUGAGUCAGAUAUUGGAGAGGCUGAACAAAUGGCCACAUAUUAAAAGACAGCGGAGCCUUUAUAGAGAAAUUCUAUUUCUUUCGCUUGUUGCCCUGGGAAGAGAUAACAUUGAUAUAGAUGCUUUUGACCGAGAGUACAAAAUGGCCUAUGAUCGUCUCACGGCUAGUCAGGUGAAGAAUACUCAUAAUUGUGAUAGACCACCAAGUACUGGAGUGAUGGAAUGCAGAAAGAUUUUUGGAGAACCAUAUCUUUAAAUAUACCUAGAUAAAGAGGUGAUAUCAAUGAUGUGUACCUGUGUAAAAUAACCACUUCAGUCACAAGGAACAUCUCAAUCUUCAGUGUUCAAGAAUGUACGAACAAGUGGGCUCUGGCAGGAGGCCUUGGAAAAAUUAGGCCUAUCUACAGGUGUGGAAAAGAACAGAGUGAAAAACGGGCCAAAUAUAAUUUCCCUGUCCCUCAUCCUUUCUGCAAAUUGAUGUGUGGAAAGGAAGAUUCUAAACAAAAUCAAUUCUUUAACUUGGGACAACGUAUUACAGUUCCCUUCUUAAAAAAAGUUACAGGCGGACAGAAACAAUGCACUGAACCUAAUGUGAGCGAAGUAAAUUCUUCAGUAUCUAUUGUUUACAUAGAAUAUUCAUGAUGUUAUGAAGAGCAUACAAAGUUGUAUUAUACAUAUUUUAAAUUGUUUAUAGUAAGUUGAUAUUUUUUUAAUUUUUUUAAAUUACUGAAGUGAAUUUUAAAUGGACUUUGCGUAAGCAAUACAGCGCUUAUUUUUUUUUUGCAGUACACUGCUAUUUAUAGUAACUUGCCCAGUUACGUUUUGAGGAGCAAUUUGGUUUUAAAGCAGAAUAAAAAAUGUUAACCUUCACCUAGACAAUACUCUAGAUACAGGGUUUCUCUCAUGCAUACAUGGAAAACGUGUUACCACAGCAAUCAGAAGAAAGGUAUGGUCAGCUUCUAUAAAACUCUACUGAUGAACAUACUUAUGUCCCUGUAAAACACUUCUGGAGAAUUCUCCUUCGCUUCUUCUCUGUUCCCUUUACUCCCUAGUAAAGAGGAAGUGUCUUAUAGGUUAUGUUAUAGAAUCAGUCCAUCUCAGCUGUUGGUGUUUGUUAAUAUGACCUCAUUACAGAUGUAAUACAAAGCAAACAACAGCCUGCAAGAAGUUCUUCGUAAAUGCACAUCGGUCAGAGUCUUGGUGGAUGUAUUUGAAACACUAAAUACGACACGUACAUAAUUCUAAUCCAAAGCUUUUAACUCAAGUAGAUACAGCAAACUUGCUACAGGGAAUAUAUAGGGAAUGUAACUUAUUGGGGCAUAUUGUGCAUAAUUAGAUGUACUUGGAAUGUUUGGUCUCUUUAUUUCACAGGCAAAACAAUUGGGUUUUUUUCUGUGAAGCAAAAUGCUCUGUCAGUCCUUGUGCUGCAGUCAUGGCUUUUGACUCAUGUUUUCUUGUUCUAGAGAUAUAAAAUAUUCUGUACUUUCAGUCACGUAGCAGCUGCUCUCCAGAAGGUAGGCUACAAAUAUCAGAGGUCUCGUCUGCAGGUGGGAGAACAGACAUUGAGUCGUAUAAAAUACCUAAACAAAUUAAACUCUGCUUUAAGAAAUAGCUUAUUUUAAUUAUCUUAAUGAUUUUCCAAGUCUCAUUUAUUUUAGUUGUUGCUGUUAUAAUACUUUUAAAUAUUCAGCUGUUACAUUAAAUGUUAUAUUUUCGUCUGCCUACCAGUAGAUAUUUUCAAAAGUUUCUUUAGUUUGCAAGGGUAAUACAGCAAUAUUUAGUCAGGCAGAAAGGAGGUAAACUUCAAAGCUCACAUUUACUUCAUUAAAUGAAAUAGAGCGAGCCUCUUGGAGGCUUAAAUGAGAAGUAACGCUGCUAUGAAGCUCUAUGUAAACUCCUCCCAGACCUCUCUAAAGUAGUCAGAAGAUGCUGCCCUAAGGAGAAAGAGUUUAAAAGCUGUAGAGCUGCAGAUGUACGCUGAUGCCAAUGGGAAGAUGUGGUCUUGUGGGAUACAGCUUUCAUUGGGUAGUACCUCUUCUCUAAUUUGCUGCUAAGGAUGUAGCUGACCUUUCUGAAAGUAUCAUCCCCUCCCAGGGUGGAGCUGGCAAUGCUACGCUUACCAACAUUUCUCACAUUUAAUUUAUUUUAACCAUUUGUGAUGCUCUCUUUUUGUACUGCCAUGCUUGUGAAGUAUUCCGCAUGCAUGAACUAUAGCUACCCUUUACACCCAAGUACAUUCUACACAGUGUAUCAGUGUAGGGUGGACACGUACCCCCUUCAUUCUUCUGAACCAGUGUGAAAAACACCAGGGUUUUUGAUUUUAUUUAACACAUUCAUUGUAAGUACCUACUAGUGUGCAUGUGUGCUCUGCUCUGUACAGUCAGUGCACUGUAUUUACCAAGUAAAAGUUGGAUACAGUAGUUGCUGUGUAUAUAAACUCAUGCAUGUUUGUGCUGCGUAUAAGGUAGAGUUCCUAACUCUCUGCAGUCGUGUCCCAUGUCAUUUACCCGUUGGGGCAGCCACUGUUUUAUAGGACCUUCAAGCCAUGAAGGAGGGCAAGUGCUUUUUCCAGAGCUGCUGUGGUGUGUUAGAGGUGCUGAGCUAUGAAGCGAGCUUCCGCUCCCUAGUUUAGUCAGGCAGGAGCGCCUGAGCCCGGUCUCUAACCACCCCUCCCUAGGACGUGACACUGCAAACUGUGUGUGGAACAGGUGCAACACUUGCGAGAUAUGGCCCACUUCCUCCAUUCUAGUCCCAGCUUCAUUGUAAGCACUUCCAACUCUCUUCAGAUGUAUAAAGCCAACAAGUUUGCCGCUUCAUUCAAACACCAAUAGUCCUGCCAGUAUUAUCAGAAGAGUAUAUACUGUACCAUGAAAAGGAUUGUGUAUGCAUCCUUCAAACGAUCUUACUGUGGGGCACUCCUGAAGCAUUGCUGAUGUCUAUUUGGGUGUGCUUUCAAGUUAUUCUAUCAGGUAGUAGCUCAUCAAGUUAAAUCAUUAUAUUUAAUGAAUUGGUUUUAAAGUCUGUUGCGAGUCAGUCCAUGAUAGAAAUACUAUAAUAAAAUGUAGUUGGAAUAGUACUUUAAGUGGGAAAUUUUCCUCAUUCAAGUCAUAAUAAUGUUCAAAAUGUAGGUCCUGAGGUGCAUAAUUUUUAAGCAUCAUACAAUUCAGUGUUAAAACAGAUUUCAGAUCUCACUGUCCUUUAUUAGAAAAGCGAUUUGAGUAUAUUUUCCAGUACCGCAAAGAUGAAUAAAUAAAAUGAGACCUAUUUUCAAUUUAAAUUUUGUAUGAACUGAAUUUUCUCCUUUUGUGUAUUAAAUAAUGCUUAUGUCAAAAACCUUGAAGGUUUUACAUUUGCAGUGCAAUAUAUAUUUUGCUUUACUUAUGGUUCCACUGGAAUAAUUAUUGGAGAUUAAAUACUGAAAUGUGAAUAGGAAUUGUGCUGUUUCUCUGACACUGCUAACUGUUUCCCAUUUUGAGGUGGUUUGCUGUUGUACAGUUACAGCCUGAUGAAUUAGACUUCAGCUGGUAAAUUAAAUGAUUUGUACCCCAAGAAAGAAAAUUCCUGCAUGGAAAAUCUUUCUAUCACAAAUGGGAGAUGCAAAUAGUAAUAACAGAGGGUAUUUCUGGAUAUUAUCUCACUGGGAUUUAAAAAUGGUACUUUGUUAGUCUGCAAGCAGCACUUUUUAAAUGAAUGGUUGUAGAUUUGUAAAUAUGUAAUGUUUAAAUUUUAUUUACCAAAACCCAGUAUGUUGAUGUUUGCUUUGGUUUGUAGUUUCUUUAAAAUAUGCAAAGUCAGUGUUCGCAAUGUUAAGGUUUUUUUUUUUUUCC